CUCUCCGGGAGCCCGCCCCCCUCCUGGCAGCAUAAAGAGCCGCAGCAGGGGCAUGCGGGGAAACGCGGUGAGGUGUUGCUGUCCACAGAAAGCCCGGCUGAGCUCGGAGUGGUCAGGAUGAAAGCCAUAGUCUUCACCCUCGCCGUUCUCUUCCUCACGGGGAGCCAGGCGCGCCACUUCUGGCAGCAGGAUGAACCCCAGAGCACCGGGGACCAGCUGAAGGAUUUCAUCACCGUCUACCUGGAAGCCGUGAAGGAGAGCGGCAAGGAUGCCGUGGCGCAAUUCGAGUCCUCCUCCGUGGGCAAACAGCUCGACCUGAAACUCCUCGACAACCUGGAGGCGCUGAGCACCAACGCCGCCAAGCUACGGGAACAGCUGAGCCCCCUCUACCAGGAGGCCCGGGACAGGCUGGAAAGAGACAGCGAGGCCCUCCGCCGGGAGCUGACCCAGGACCUGGACGAAGUGAAGAGCAAGAUCCAGCCCUACCUGGACCAGUUCCAGACCAAAUGGCAGAGUGAGCUGGAGUCUUACCGCCAGAAAGUGGUGCCCUUGGGGGAGGGCCUGCGCCAGGACGCCCGGCAGAAGCUGGAGGACCUGCAGCAGAAAUUGACCCCGCUGGCCGAGGAGGUGAGAGACCGGCUGCGCGGACACGUGGAGGAGCUCCGCCAGCAACUCAAGCCCUACAGCGACGAGCUCCAGACCAAGCUCAACCAGAAGCUGAAGAACCUGAGCGACAACGGCCUGCCCAAGGCCUCCGAGUACCAGGCCCGGCUGGUGGAGCACCUGACGGCCCUGCGGGAGAAGGCGGCACCCAUCGUGGAGCAGCUGCGCCAGGACCUCACCCCCUUUGCCGACAGCGUCAAAACCCGGCUGCUCAACCUCCUGGAGGAGGUGCGCAAGAAGCUGGCCAGCUCCUGAGGGCCUGGCCUGGAGUCCAGUCUCCUCUCCCCUCCCUCUCCUCCUCAAGCCCCCCCAUCCCCAAACCCCGCCGGGCAUCAGGUGACUCCGCUAGGGACCCCGUCCGCUCUCACGCGAGGUCCACCUGAGCCCUCAUCUGGCUGAGAGCCGGAGAGGGGUCCCUGUGGGGAGGUGUGCGGAGAUGGUGGCGGGUGCAGGGGGCAUCAAAGACACCUCGCCUCCACCACCCCACCCUGUCCCCUCGGGCUCGUCCACCUCCGUUUCGGUGAAUAAAGUGUUUUAAGUUAUCAUUGA